CUUUUAUUAGCAGUGCUACAGUCAGAAAUCACAUGUAUCAUUUCCACACAUAUCUGUUCGUACAGGUGAUCCCCACAGCCUAAAUAUCAAUAUCUUAAAGAUUGCUGUGAACACGUCACAAGGAUUAAAGAGUUUCACAGAACAACAAAAUGAGCCACAGUGAAAAACCUUCAGAGCAACAGGAUGAGACAGAGACUGACAUACACGAGGACGACAAACUUCACCUGGAGGACUGUAACGGUAAAGAUGAUCAGGCGAGAGAUUUACUCAAGACGAGUCAGACGGAGAAAAGGUCGGUCAGCCCGCUCACUCUUUUCAAAGAGGACUUGAGCCAGUUCAAGGAAGGACUGUGGAAAGUGUUCAAGGACAAAGACACAAAUCCUAAAACAACACAGCCACCAGAAAAGCCGACCAGCACUCUGACUCUGCUCAAAGAGGACUUGAAUCAUUUGAAAGAAGACAUCUCCAGCAUCUUCAGAAUCGGCCUUUCAAAGGAGCAUGAAGACAAAGAUGGUGCUGCAAAGCUAGAUUCCUCCAACGCUGUCAAGAUAAAAGCCACUAAAGCUGAAAGAAGUGACGAGUCCCUCCUGAAUCUGUUCAAGAGAGGUAAUCUUUCAAAGAUUACCCCCAAAACAAACGAUCGUCAGGAAGUUAGGAAGACACUCCCAGUAAAGGCAGAGGAACAAACGGAUAAUGGAUUUAUGAACAAAAACUCAAUUAGCACCGAGGAAACUAAUAACAAUACGACGGAGAGGCUGAACGACUCAGGCGACAGCAAGCGGGAUGCAAAUGUUUCCCAGGAGGUAACUGAGAGGAGGAAGGCUUCCUCUGAAACACAACAGAGCCAGGAGGCGAUGCAUGCAUCAGAGAAAGUUGAUCAGUUAGGUGAGAACGGGAAGGGGGGACAUGACUCGUCAGCGCCGUCAGGAGAGGAAGAGGAAGAAGAUGAACCUUCAGAAACAGUUCAGUGUCCUUUGAUGUCUAGGCUCACUUUGAUCGCUGUGGGAAACACCGACAAAGCAGACCUCAAGGAGUUGCCAGGAGGACACCUGUGGGCACUGAAAAACUUUGCCCACUACCUGACCCUUGACCCCAACACUGCCAACUCUGAGAUCCUUCUAACUGACAGUAACAGGAAGGCAACUCGUGUCUGGUCAGACCAUCAAUACUCGGAGCAUCCGGAGCGGUUUGAGUUCUGUCCUCAGGUCCUGUGCAGGGAGGGACUGCUCGACAAGGUGUACUGGGAGGUGGAGUGGAGAGGUGGUGCUGACAUCGGUGUCACCUACAACAACAUCUCUAGAGAUGGAGACACGGUGAACUGCCUGCUGGGACACAACGAGCGUUCCUGGACUGUGGAGUGCGCAGAGGGAAGCUACACUCCGUGUCACAACAGAAAGAGGUUAAAGUCGCUCUCACCCGAGAACUUCACCCACAGAAUUGGUAUCUAUCUAAACUGGCCUGCAGGCGCUCUGUCCUUCUACUGCGUCUCUCAGGACAUGAUGGUCCACCUCCACACUUUCAGCUGCGCCUUUACUGAGCCACUGUACCCGGGGUUCUGGGUGUGGGCAUACAACGGCUCAGUGUCUCUCUGUCACGUGGAGUUGGAGUGGGAACAUGCACUAAAGUGACAACAGGACGACCCCAGGAUACCCAAAUGAGACUUUUCUCAUGGCUGAGAGCAUCAUGUGGAGUUAUUCAUCAGUGUCACUCAUUGUUGGAGCGAUGCAGUCUACCUCCAUGCUGUAGGAGAACUUCUGAGGGCAAAUUUUCAGGGGAGUGGGACCAUGGGGCGGGGCUUCAGAGGUAGAUUUGGGGGCGGGGUUUCAGAAGUUGGAUAAUGCAGUGAGAGCAGAGAUGCAAAAACUAUACCCACAGCUUUGCAAAUAACACGUUAUGUGAUGAAACAUCAAACUACAUCGAUAUAAACACGACUUCCUUAUUCUGUCUGAAUUCAUGCUGAUAUCACAACACUGGAUCACAGCAAUCAUGAAUACUAACCUUUCCUGCUUUUUUCUAGCAACAGAUUUUUACACAUUUCUGCUGUUGGUCACCCACAAGAAAACAAAUCCACCAGCAUCAGACACCAGAAGCCUCAGCUGACCAAUCACAGCUCUUAUAGUCGCCAUGUGACAUCUCUGCAUCCAAUUAAAGCGUCUACAGAAUUCAUC